AUGUUGAGUUGAUAAAAAGGGAUGAAGCAGGAAAUGCAGGCAGAUCCACAGACAAGGAGGGAGGAAGACGCCUUCAGAGGAAUCACUAUAAACAGACAGAGACAUGCCUGAGCCCCAGAAGCCAGCAGCCAAGGGCGAUGAGGUUGCAGCAGCCCCUGCUGACACGAAGGAGACAUCAGAGGAGGAGGAGGAGAACGUACCAGGGGAGGAUUCCCAGCUGUCCGAGCAGAGCGGCAUAUUCGUGGCGAGGCCGGAGAGUGUCACAGCAACAAAAGGCAAGGACGUCACGUUUGUGGCUAAAGUUGACUCCUCCACCAUGUCGAGGAAGCCCACCAUGAAAUGGCUGAAGGGGAAGUGGCUGGACCUGGGCAGCAAAGCUGGGAAGCACGUGCAGUUCAAAGAGGUCUAUGACAGGAACACCAAGAUCUACACUUACGAGAUGAGCAUCAUCAAAGUAGUGGAUGGAGACGCAGGUGGCUACCGCUGCGAGGUCACCUCCAAAGACAAGGUCGACAUCUGCACAUUCGAAGUCACCGUGCAGGCUGUACAAGAGGAGCAGGAGGACAACAUCUUAGAGUCGUUUAAGCGAUCUGGAGAUGGAGAUGAGGAUGCUGGUGAACUAGACUUCAGUGCCCUGCUCAAGAAAAGGGCGAAGAAAAAGGUGGUAGAGGAAGCGGAAGUGGAUGUGUGGGAGAUCUUGAAGGCGGCCAAGCCCUGUGACUAUGAGAAGAUUGCCUUUGAGUACGGCAUCACAGACCUGAGGGGCAUGCUGUCGAUGCUGAAGAAGAUGAAGAAGGUGGAGCCCAAGACGUGUGACGCUUUCCUGAGGAAGCUGGACGCAUCCUACUCAGUGCAGAAGGGCAAGAGGAUCCAGCUCACCGUGGAAGUGGCUGACCCCAACGCUCAAGUCAAAUGGCUCAAAAAUGGACAGGAAAUCAAACCAUCGGCCAAGUAUGUGUUUGAGAGCGUGGGCAACAAGCGGACGCUCACUAUCAAUAAGUGCAACCUGUCUGAUGACGCAGCGUACGAGUGCGUGGUCGGGGAGGAGAAGUGCUUCACGGAGGUUUUUGUCAAAGAGCCUCCCGUCACCAUCACCAAGCCGCUGGAUGACGUUCACACAGUGGUGGGAGAGAAGGUGGAGUUCGAGGUGGAAGUGUCCGAGGAAGGAGCCAGCGUCAAAUGGAUGAAAGGUGACGUAGAGCUGAACAGAGACACGGCAGGUUCAAAGUAUCGCAUUAAAAAGGAUGGGACGAAGCACAUUUUGAUCAUAAGUGAAGCUACUAAGGAGGAUAUUGGAACGUAUUACGCUAUCACCAGCGGCGGAGAGUCGAAGGCAGAACUGGAGGUUGAAGAUAAGGAGCUGCAGAUUCUGCAGAGCAUAGCUGACCUGACAGUGAAGGCUGCUGAACAGGCCAUGUUCAAGUGUGAAGUGUCUGAUGAAAAAGUGACGGGGAAAUGGUUCAAGGACGGCGUGGAAGUCCAGCCCAGUGAUCGCAUCAAAAUGACGCACAUCGGAAGGACCCACAAACUGAUGAUUGAUGACGUGGUGCCUUCGGACGAGGGAGAUUAUUCGUUUGUCCCUGAUGGCUACGCAAUUUCUCUCUCUGCAAAACUCAACUUCCUGGAGGUCAAGAUUGAAUAUGUUCCCAAAGAAGAGCCUCCCAAAAUCUUCCUGGACACUGGCGCCGGCAACAGUAACACCAUCACCGUGGUGGCUGGAAACAAACUUCGCCUUGACGUUGGGAUGACAGGAGAGCCGGCGCCCACUGCGUGCUGGAUGAAAGGAAACGAAGUGGUGUCCGAGGCCGAGGGAAGGGUCCGUGUGGAGGCCGACCAGACCCAAAGCAGCUUUGUAAUUGAAGGGGCGGUGAGAGCAGAUGAGGGCCCCUACUCCAUCACCGUGACUAACCCUUUUGGAGAGGACAAGGUUGAACUCUUUAUCAAGGUCGUGGAUGUGCCCAAGUCUCCUGAGAAUGUCAAAUGCAUAUCAGUUGGCGAGGACUCUGGCACGAUCACAUGGGACCCUCCUUCCUAUGACGGCGGAGUUCCCAUUAAAGGGUACCUGAUGGAGAGGAAGAAGGUGGGCUCAACCAGAUGGACCAGGCUCAACUUUGAUGUCUAUGAGUCCACCACAUAUGAGGCUAAGAAGAUGCUUGAAGGUGUACUUUAUGAGAUGAGAGUGUUUGCAGUCAACGGCAUUGGCGUCUCUCAGCCCAGCGCCAACUCAACGCCCUUCAUGCCCAUUGCCCCCACCGGCGAGCCUAUUCGUCUCACGGUGGAUGAUGUGACAGACACUACCUGCGCUCUCAAGUGGCGUCCUCCAGAGAAAAUCGGAGCGGGCGGCAUUGACGGUUACAUCAUUGAGUACUGCAAAGAAGGAAGUGAUCAGUGGGUGCAAGCUAACGAGAAACUAGUGGAAAAUAACCAGUACAGGGUGAAGAAUCUCACAAUGGGGGAGAAGCUGCUGUUCAGAGUGGUGGCCAUCAACAUCGCCGGGCGCAGCCCCCCCGCCACUCUUUCCCAGGCCGUCACUAUCAAAGAGAUCAUGGAGACUCCAAAGAUCCGCCUGCCUCGCCAACUGAGGACCAAAUUCAUCGUGGUUGUGGGCGAGAAGGUGAACUUGGUCAUCCCCUUCCAGGGUAAGCCUCGUCCUGUCGUGACCUGGUCCAGAGAUGGCGUUCUCAUGGAGGACAAAACCGUGGGUACUCGUACCAGCGAAGUGGACAGCAUCCUCUUCAUCCGCUCUGCAGAGAGAACCCACUCUGGAAAGUACACCCUGUCUGUUCAGAUUGAGAACGUGUCAGACAGCGCUGACAUCUUCAUCCAGGUUGUAGAGAAGCCCGGUCCUCCCAUUAAUGUGCAUGUCACAGACGUCUGGGGCUUCAAUGCUGCGCUGGAGUGGAAGCCGCCCAAAGACGACGGCAACUGCGAGAUUAUCGGCUACGCUAUUCAGAAGGCCGACAUGAAGACUAAGGAUUGGUUCACGGUCUAUGAGCACAACCGCAGGCCCAGCUGCACUGUGUCUGACCUGGUCAUGGGGAACGAGUAUUCCUUUCGAGUGUUCAGCGAGAACAUCUGUGGCCUCAGCGACGAGGCUGGCGUCAGCAAGAACACCGCCAUCAUUGACAAAACAGGUUUGGCCUAUAUCCGUCCAGGCUUCAAAGAGAAGGAUGUGAGCCAUUCCCCCCAGUUCACAGCGCCCCUGGUGGACAGAUGUGUGGUUGCAGGUUACAGCGCAGCCAUCAGCUGUUCUGUCCGUGGCUACCCCAAGCCGAAGAUCAUUUGGAUGAAGAACAGUAUGAUCAUCGGUGAAGACCCCAAGUUCCUGAUGCAGAACAACCAGGGCGUGUUGACUUUGAAUAUCCGCAAGCCGAGCGCGUUUGACGGGGGCAGAUACUCCUGCAGGGCCAUCAAUGAUCUCGGGCAAGAUGAAGUGGAGUGCAAGCUGGAGGUUCGAGCUGUACAAGAGAAAGGAGUGGAGGCGAAGAAAUGAGCGACAGCACGAAACAGCAGAGGAUACAGUCGAACAGGAAUAGUAAUGGAUUAUGUAUAAUGGGAUAGUCAUGAAUAAAUAUGAUUAGAAUAGAUCACUGGUGAGGCCCUAAAGCCAAUCCAUCUGCCCCCCCUCCUUCCUCCUAUACGCUUGCCUCUCACCGCUGCUAUGACGAAUGCCACAUCAGUAAUAAAUUCUUAAAGCAAGCUGCCACCUUGUCACAUCCUGACUGAGAGGAGCCACAGAGUAGUGUAGUAGCACUGCCCUGCUGUGACCACACACAGAUGGAUCCGUCUUAUCUGUGAAGUGGACCUGUCACUGAACACACUUAUAAAACAGCCUUUCAUCCAU